AUGCCACUAAGCAGGAAAGAAGUCAAAUCUUUAUUUUACAAGAUAGAGGUUUCUAUUGAGGAAAUCGAGGAAACCGUAGAGGAGAGAUCUAAGUUGCAUGAACUCGAUCUACAACCUUCUGCGAAUGAUAAUGCCGAGUUGAAUAAUCUAGUUCACAAGACUAUUGAGAACUUCGAGCUAGUACAGGCAGAAAUAGAAACCCACUACAAAGAUAACGACUUGUAUGAUCAACUUAAAGAUCUCGCUGAUAGAUAUGCGGAUAUAUACCAGGCUAUUCAAAACGAUAGUAAUAUAGAUGCAUCAGAGUUCCACUACGAAAUUCCUAAAUCUUCCAAAACGGCUCCUGCAAAGGCAGUUAGAUUCAAAGACGUUCCUAAUGAAGCAGAUACUUCUGAAAUGAUGGGGACUCAACCAUUCCAACCGUAUAGAGAUGACCCAGAUGAAGCCGUGCAAGAAGAAGAGGAGGAAGAAGACUCAAGGACUAAUCAUCAAAUGUUUGCUGCACAUCAACAGACAAUGAUGCGACAAGACCAGGAUUUGGAUUACUUACAUCAGCUGAUUAGCAGGCAACAUAUGAUGGGGAAGGAUAUUGACCAAGAGUUGGAUGAUCAGUUGAUAAUUUUAAACGAUUUAGAGCAAGGUGUUGACAACUCCAGCUUAAGAAUACAACGAGCCACAACGAGAUUGAAUGAUUUUAGGCGAAUGGCAAGAGAAAAUGGCAGUCUAACAACAAUCAUAAUUCUAACUAUCAUUUUGAUUCUUUUAUUAGUUGUACUUAAUUAG